GUAUCUAACAAUUUUAAUCUAUGGUCAAAUGUUUAUUGCUGUGGAUUUUUUUUUCUGUCUGCAAUCGUAAAAAAAAAUAAAAUGGUAAAAUCUUCAAAUAAUAGUGCGUUAAGAACUAGGACUGCAACAUUUUCUGCUCUCUACGUUUUGUUUAUUAUUCUUACAACAUGUUCUAUAAUUCUGUACACGUUUUAUACAGAUAACAAAAAAUAUAUUCCAACAUAUUUGAAUUUCAUUGGAGUAUACUAUACUGCUGUACUUGUGAAAAGAAUUCGACUAUUUUUAGAAGAGUUAUUCUAUUUAGAAACUCGUUAUAACAAUAAUAUAUAUAUUCUAAUAAAAGAUACUUUUUAUUUUAAUUCGCUAAGUACUAUCUUCUUUGUACUUUUUCUCUUGUCCUAUCUUGUUUUAUUAAAUUGUUAUGUCGAAGAUAAUUGGAUGACAUUUAUUUUAUCAAAUUUGAGCUUUCACUCACCAAUGAACCUCUGCUGGUUAUGUCUCCUAGAAUUUUUGAAACUGGACGAAUGUCCUAUAUCAACGUCGAUUAAAUUAAGUGAUUUCCACGGACUGGAUUAUGGAUCAGGAAUGGCAACUAGUUUUUUUCACGGAUAUUUAAAAAUCAUGCUUCCAAACACCGGUGGAUCAAGUAGAAGCUUUUUAGAAUUUAUAGAACUUUAUCAAGCUCAACAUAAAGUUACUUUUGACGUAAGAAAAUUGUUUAUAUUGCUACCAAUGUCCUGCGAAUGUUUUCCAUCUCUUCAAUGUCCAUCCUUUCCAAAUAUUGAAGAAUCAAAGCCCUUAGAUGAGCUUGAGAGAGAUGUUGCCGGAGUUAAAAAAAGAAUUUAUAAGAAUUCAGUAUAUAAAAUUAAAAAACCGAAUAGGGAAAGAGUUUAUGUAUCUGUGGAAUAUGCUACCCCUUUAAGAACGUUUAAAGAAGUAAUAUCGCAUAAUUCAAAGUAUUCAAAGAUUUAUGAGAAAUACAAAAAUGAUAUUGUUCUGAAUUUUUACCUAACACUAAAAGCUAUUCUAAAGGAAAAUCCGCAGUGCGAUGGUUUGUGUGAAGUAAUAUAUUAUAAUGACAAAAAUCCUGAUGGUUCCUAUAAGAAUGUUGGAAAUUUAAUACUAAAAAGGAUUAAAGAAAUAAGAGGUACCCUUAAAAAGAAAAAAGACUAAUCAUUGUAAUGAAAGGCUUUAUGCAAGAUGUGAUAUUUUUCACUGUAAAUACUUGAUUGUACUGAAUUUUAGUUAGUAAGCUAAAUGCUAUCCCAAUUUUUUUUUGUAAAUGUAGAUACAAUCAUAUUUUUUCCAAAUCAAUCAAAACAGAUUUUAAUAUUUUAUUUUCAUUUCAUUAUGUUACAAAGUUUCUUCUGUGUAUUUCUUGACGUUUUUAGAAUUAAUUUACUGCCUUAGGGGAAAAGUGAAUAUUAAAAGUUUUUACUUGUUUAGUCAUUCUACAUCAAUUCAAUUGAUUUAGAAAGAAAUUACGACUUAUUUUUUACCCAUAUAUAAUAUUAAAGUGUUUGAUCUUUUUCUUUAUCUCUAGUGUUUUUUCCAAAGACUUAUGCAGUUCCUGAGUUCUUAUAAAGUUGUUUUUGUUAAUUUUUAACUUAAUAAAUGACAAUUUUGGAGUUA